AUGGUCUCGACCCCGGAUGCAACAGCUGGAACAGCGAUUCCAUCGCCGGAGAGCCCAUCUCCGAGGGCAGCUGGUUCGACAAGCUCAUCCCCAAGGAGCACCAACGAGCCCGGCUCAGGUGCCAUAGCUGCCGACCCUGUCUUCGAAAAUGAGGACUUGACUGAAGCUGAGACGGAGAGUAUUCGUACCGCCUCAACUGCUUCAAUUAGCGAGAGUAUCACGGAAUAUCGUCGCAUUCUAGGGCGCACAUAUACCCAGAAAACCGACUAUUGGGGGCCAAAUGAUGAGAAGCAGAAUGAAGGGCUCGAUCUUGCACACUAUCUGGAACUUUUGUUUUUCGACGAUAAGCUUUUCUUAGCACCCAUCGGUAAAACUCCUCAUAGAGUCCUAGACGUUGGAACAGGCACUGGAAUCUGGGCAAUCGAUUUUGCGGAUGAGUUUCCUUCAGCCGAUGUCAUUGGAGUUGACAUAUCACCUAUCCAACCUGGUUGGGUUCCGCCAAACUGCAAAUUCCAAAUCGACGACAUCGAGGAGCCGUGGACCUGGCCUCGAGAACACUUCAAUUACGUUCAUAUCCGUCACAUGGAAGCGGCUGUUUCUGACUGGCCAAGGUUGUACAAGCAAUCAUUCGAUCACCUCGUACCUGGUGGAUACAUUGAACUAAAUGAAUGGGAUAUUGAAGAUCACUCUCAAGCUCUAAGGGAUGAUCUGCCGCAAGACCACAUUUAUAGGAGGUGGGCGAAGACUAUCUUCGAGGCCACUGAUAGACUGGGCAAGACCGCAAAGCAGACCAGGAACCACGGCGUUGCAAACGCCCUGCGGGAUGCCGGGUUUGUUGAUGUCGUGGAAAAGAGCUGGCCUUUCCCAAUCGGCGGCUGGGCAUCAGACCCUAAGUUGAAAGAAUGUGGCGCCGUCAAUCUGGAAUAUCUCGACCAGUCACUCGAAGGAUUUGGGUUCUUCUUGCUGCGACAAAUUAUGGGAUGGGAAGAUGCGGAAAUUCUUGUGUUCAUCAGCGAAAUGCGGAAGGCUUUGAGGGAUCUCAAGCUUCAGACAUAUCUAAGACUACACGUGGUCUAUGGACGGAAGCCUACGGAGGAAGAAGUCUCUGGCGAGCAAGUCGUUGCCGCACCACUGCCUUGA